AUGGAGGUCUCUCAACGCAAUUCGGCGGCCUUGCAAGAGCGCUCCCAGAAGCUUGCUGCAGCGCUCGUCAAACGGUUCGAGAACAUUGUCGCCUUGGCUUCGAUCCGCGCCACCGAAGAUAUCCUCACCCUCACGCGGCAGAUGCAGGAGCUCUGGCUCUUCGGCAAUCUCCACACGCUCGACGCGAACGACAAGCAGAAUGUCGAGCGCAUGGAGCAGGAUGUCAAGGCAAUAAUCGCAGCGAUCGAAGGACUGGCGAAGGAGACACUGUAA